AACGGUUAUGCCUUGUUGUCUGAAUCUACGCGGAGAUGCCUCAAGCAUGUUUUGACCCCGCCAGAAUUCCGUUGAACAGGCUGUGGCCCAGAGUCGUACGUACGGUGCUAUAACGACUAAUUUGGACAUUCUACCGAUGGGUCGCGCGAACACCACUUAAAUUUGUACGAGCCUGCCAGGUGUCGCCGCAAGAACAAUAUUCAUUCUUCCUUUGCUUGCUGCGGUCAACGAUUUUAAAAAAGGUUUAAGGUAACUCAAAACACGGGCACUCUGUCGCCGCAUAUCUCAACUGUAAAUCAAACGUGUUGUACACCCACCGAGUUCGCCACUCUCAGACUCGGACGAUCAACAUGCCCCUGAUUCCAAGUGACCCCAGUUCGUGGUCACUCGACAUGAAUCAUGUUUUCAACUAUUUCGUAGUCGCAUCAGCGUCUGCUGUGGUGUACGACUGGGUACUGACAUUCGGUCAAGAGUACGAACUAAUCUGGAGGCAGCGCCGGUCCCUCAUGACUGCUCUAUAUAUCUUCGUGCGCUACGUCGGAAUACUAUACUCUGUCAGCAACGUGUUGUUAAAUCUCCCGGGAUUCUUGACGACAGACAUGUAUCUCGAAGCAUUCAGUUUUGUGAGGCUCGUCAUUAACUGGGCUUUGCCAGGUAAUGGUGUGAACCUCGCACUUGGGUGGGCGAUUAUGGUCAUAAACUCUAAUCUGAAUGGCGAGUUGCUCAGCUACAUCGUCUUGAUAUUUCGGUUACAUGCCAUGUAUCAGCAAUCCAGGAAGAUGCUGAUCUUUCUCUCUGUGACCUACGCCGUUGUCUUGAUUAUAUGCGGAGUGAUUGCCGCAGUUGGAACCCGCUUUCUUCACACGAAGGCAUUCCUCUACGGCACACAGUGCGUUUUCCCAACCGAUAGCAGCCAAGAACUUCGGAUGAUAGAGACGUAUACAAUCGCUACUGCAUGGGAGGCCCUCACGCUGUUUCUUGCACUUUGGAUUGUUGUAAAACACAUCCGUGAAUUGCGACCACAAUGGAGAGGACCGGCCGUCAUCGGUGAUUGUUUCACGGUCUUAGUGAAAAGUCACGUUCUCUACUUUGCAUUCUAUACUGCCGCUUCUUGCUUCAACCUUGGCUUAAUGUCUCCCAAAAUAAUGCACUCGUCUUCUGUGGGAGCUCAGACCUAUCGCGGUAUUCUUGAACUUGUUACGCUUAUGCAGAUGUUCGUGGUAGGACCCCGACUCAUCCUGAGCGUUCGAGAAUAUCACGCCAAGCUCGUGGCCGGCUGUGAGGAUGGAACGUAUCAAAUACCUACAAUUGCUUUCCAGGAACAGAUUGAAAUGUCAACUGGCAGCGAUGAUGUGUAGCGCGCGCACGAGAUAUCUUCAAACGAUCAAUCCCUAUCAGAUACGUACCCUGUACUUAAAAUGUAAUUUGUGUCAUAGUCUUUCCGGGGUGGGGCCCCGUAAUUUUCUCGCUUGCGUUGCCGUACUGGUACAAGGACUGCAGGGUGAUACUAC